CGACCGACCAUGUCAAACCCGUGAGAACUUGUGGGAGUUCUAGGCCAGGUUAUAAAUACUCAAGAUCCAGCGCAUUAACUCACGAAACACAUUAAUUGACUUCCAAAAGCCCCUUGGGAGGACCGAAAGACGCCAAAGCGGAGAACAACCUUUCGGGUCUAUGAGUCACCCGUUAAGCUGGUUAAGCAGGAGGAUGAACUUACCCAUCUUUUGCGUCAAAUUGAUGCAUGAGACUAUUUACUUCAUGCCCCUGAUAUGAUUUUGAUGCUGCAUGAUCACUAUUUCGUGGAUGCUGUGAGAAAUGCUGCUACCUGCAUGUCCAGCUUAGAUCGAAACCAGUUGGCUAAUUACUGGCACAUAUUCGUUGGUCUUUCGGAUACCUGCGAAGCAACAGAGGGAAGGAGACCACGUAAUUCGGCAAGAACACGUGUGGGAGGCGAGCGAGCACACUGAGUACUCUUGACUGGCUCCAUGGAGGCUUUUCCCAACAGCGAGACGUGCAUAUUCGUAUAAGCACAGAGUUUCGUCACCCGAGGGGUUGUCAGCGAGCACGAACUCUCACGAUCUGCAGCAUGCAGUCUUCCGGGAGCCAGCUAAUUCAGGUAUAGCA